AUGUCUACCCUUACCUAUCUCACGUCAGACUCCGAGAAGCUCAGAGAUUUUAUUCACACUAUGAUAAUACAAUCCGAGACUGGCGAUAAUUCAGACGAUGGAUUGCAUCCAGUCAUCAAAGAAUUUGGAAAGUUGAUUGAACGCGAUACCCAUAUUUGCGACUGCUUUACUCGGAUGUUUGACCAAUUCGCUGUAGAGAACAAUCAGACAAAUCGACGGCAGGUCCAGGACUGGAAAACAAUGUUGCGUUUGUUCGACGCCAUUAUCACCGAAUCGCCUCGAUAUGGACAGCACGGUACUCUGUCAGGAACUCCCCUCAAUGCUGUCCUUGACUUGGUUAUGAACACUCGGGCAGGAAUGGAUGCAUUCACCCAUCCCAAGGUCAAUGAACAUUUCUCUAAGGUGCUUAAAGUAUGGUCGGAGUUUCUUGAGUCGCCUGCCUCACGUAGCGUGCUUACGAAUAAACCUGAUGGGUGGUUCUGCCCCGAGGCCCUGAAGCUCAUGCCGAAUUUCGACGAGUUCUUUGUCUCAGAUCCAAACAAGGAGUACCCCGGAUUUGUGUCCUGGGACGCCUUCUUCACCAGAUCUUUUCGAGACGUUGUACGCCCGGUUUAUCCUGACGAUGACAACUUCAUCAGCAACGCUUGCGAGUCUACCGUCUACCGCAAGGCCUUCGGCGUAAAAAAGCGAGAUACUUUCUGGCUUAAAGGCCAGCCAUAUUCCCUUGUCAAUAUGCUUGACAAUGACACGUUUACACCUCUGUUCGUUGGUGGGACUGUUUACCAGGCUUUCCUGAGCCCCUUUAACUAUCAUCGUUGGCAUAGCCCUGUCAAUGGCAAGGUCGUGAAGACCGUCUCAGUUCCAGGUACUUAUUAUGCUGCGAUCCCAGACGAGGGAGACGUAGACGUUAUUUUCUUCAUCGAGUUUGACAACCCAAGUGUUGGCUUAAUGUGUUUCAUAGCUGUAGGCAUGGCGGAGAUUUCGAGCUGUGAAAUUACUGUCAAGCCAGGAGAUGCAGUCAAAAAGGGAGAUCAAAUCGGAAUGUUUCAUUAUGGUGGGUCAACAUACUGUCUUGUCUUACGCCCAGAGACAAAAGUCGUGUUCACGGAGACUGCUGAUGAUGGUAAAAUGGUUGAACUCAAUCUGGGCAUUGCGUAUGUGGCCAACUAG